AUGCCGCUCCCCAAAUACUCCUGUGACGAUGACGCGUGCUCCGCCACCCCGCCGCCCUCGAGCACCACCACCUUCGGCAUGAUACUUUCUCUCACGCCCUUCAUCCUGACCUUCGCCGUCGUCUCCGCCGCCGUCUCCAAGAAGCUGCUGCCGCGGCUGUCCCGGGUCUCCGUGGCCCGCGACGGCGAGGACCACUUCCUCCCGGCCAGCGCGCCGCCGUCCCUGCAGCAGGUCCACUCCGAGCACGGCUCCAAGUCGCUGCGCCGGCGGCUGGCGGCCGCCACCGUCGCCGCCACCAUCGGGCUGGCCACCGUGCUGGGCGAGCUGAUCCUGGCCGAGAUAUCCGACGUCGUGAGCGCGCGCGCGCGGGACGCCGCCCUCAGGCUCGUCGUGCCCACCCUGCUGCUCUUCCUCGUCGGGGUCAUCCCCUUCCUCGAGAUCCAGAGCGUGCUGGCCGGCUCCGGCCUGUGCAGCUUCCAGCGCACGGCCAAGGGGCGGUUCCCCCGCUGGGCCUGGACACUGCAGACAUUCGGCUUCGGGCUGUGGCUGUUUGUCUUCUGGAGCAUCGGGAAGGCCGUCCCCGCGGGGAACGCCAGCGACGAGGGCUUCAUCUACUCGAGGAGCGCGAGGGGCAAGCACGGCUUCGAUGCCACGGGCAUGUCCCUCGGGCUGAGGUGGAAAGACGGCGUGACGUUACCCUGGACACCGGACACUAUAGCGAGGGCGUGCCUGGAGCGCAUCGGUAUUAUUGGAAUAUCGCUCAUGGCCCUGCUCUCGGGGUUCGCGAGUGUGUCUAGCCCGUACUCGAUGUUGGCGGAUAGCACGUCAAGGAGGAAGAAGCCCAUUACUGAUGCAGACAUCGCGAGGAAGACGGCAGGGCUGGAGGCCACGGGGGAGCUGUUGGUAACCAAGCGACACCGGCUGCGGUCGCUACAGAGAAAGCAGGCCGCUACGACAGAGUCCAACGCCAACGCGGGCUCUUCGGGCGUCAUGGGCAAGAUUGUUGGGUCGCUGAAGGGCAUCAGCACCGGGGGCGACGCAGCAGAGAUCAAGGCCCUACAGAUGGAGAUAUCCGGCCUCGAGACUAUGGAAUCGAACCUCUCCUCCGCCCUUUCGGCCCUCCGCAGCAAGCAAGCCGCCCAAGCGCGUGCGGGCACCGCCUGGGGCCGGUUACUCACCAUCCCGGCCUACAUAUUCAGCAUAUACUGCGUCUACCGAAUCCUCGCCACCUCCCUCACCUCAUUCCGCCGGCUGUACUACCCAGCCUCGGCGAGCUUCAGCUCCUCGGACCCCAUCAACCGCUUCCUCGGCCUGCUCGCGAAGCACUGGGACCCGAAGCUGGACCAGAUGGCCUGGGCGCGGCAAAUCUCGUUCCUCCUGUCCGGGGUGAUCCUGAUCGCGAGCGCCAACGCCGUCGUCCAGACAUUCCACAUCUUCGCCAAGUGGGCUCCUGGGCUCCUCCACCAGGCGCAGGCGAACCUGGCGCUCCUGAUCGGGCAGACCAGCGCGACCUACGUCAUCAGCGCCGGCCUGCUGCUGCGGAGCAACCUGCCCAAGGACAUGGGCAGCGCGGUGGGCCACGCGCUCGAGAGCGCCCUCGAGCCGACGUUCGUCGACCGCUGGUUCGAGGCGUGGUUCCUGCUCUCGAGCCUGGCCACCGCCAUCGGGAUCUGGGUGGGCAGGAGGCUCCACGGGCACAGUGGCAUCGGCGGGGAGUGGGAUGAGUGGGACGAGUUUGCGGGCGAGGAGAUGGCGCAGAAGAGGUCCUGA